GGUCUCGGCCUCCGGCCUGCGGGGGGCGUCAGCGGGCAGGUCUCGGCCUCCGGCCUGCGGGGUGCUCUGAGCGGCCGUGAGAGCGGGAAGUGUGACCGGAGCGGAAUGGCGGCGCUGAGGGCGGCUGUCGGGGCGGCGAGGAAGCUGAGUGUCCCGGCCAUGGGGAGAGGCGACGGCAAUUACCGGGUGACGAUGAUUCCAGGCGAUGGCGUGGGACCCGAGCUGAUGCACAUCGUUAAAGAGGUGUUCAAGGCGGCAGCGGUACCGGUAGUGUUUGAUGAGCACCACGUUAGUGAGGUACAGAAUUUAGCCUCAGAACAGAAGCUGGAACAAGUUCUUGACUCCAUGAAGACCAACAGGGUGGCCAUUAAAGGGAAGAUAUACACUCCAAUGGAAUACAAGGGGGAGCUUUCGUCCUACGAGAUGAAGCUGAGGAAGAAGCUGGACCUCUUUGCUAAUGUGGUGCACGUGAAGAGUUUGCCCGGAUUCCCAACCCGACACAACAACCUGGACUUAGUCAUCAUCCGUGAGCAGACUGAGGGCGAGUACAGCUCGCUGGAGCACCAGAGUGUUCGAGGCGUUGUUGAGUGUCUGAAGAUCAUUACCAAGGACAAGUCACGUCGUAUUGCCAAGUUUGCCUUCGACUUCGCCACCAAGAAUGGGCGCCGUAAAGUCACGGCCGUGCACAAAGCCAACAUCAUGAAGCUGGCUGACGGCCUCUUUCUGCAGUGCUGUGAGGAAAUGGCCCAACUUUACCCCAACAUCCAGUACGAGUCAGUUAUCAUUGACAACUGCUGCAUGCAGCUGGUGUCUGACCCAUAUCAGUUCGACGUGUUAGUGAUGCCAAAUCUCUACGGAAACAUCAUCGACAACCUUGCGGCAGGCCUGGUGGGCGGCGCUGGUGUGGUGCCGGGGGAGAGCUUCAGUUCUGAGUAUGCUGUUUUUGAAACGGGAGCUCGCCACCCUUUCUCCCAGGCCAUGGGCCGGAACAUCGCUAACCCCACCGCCAUGCUACUGAGUGCCGCCAACAUGCUGAAACACCUGAACCUGGAUUUCCACUCCAACCUGGUAGCCGAGGCCGUGAAGAAGGUGAUCAAACAGGGCAAGGUCCGGACUGCCGACAUGGGUGGAUACUCAACCUCAGCAGAAUUCACAGCAGCUGUGAUCACCAACCUCUGCGCCUGAACAGAGGAACCGAGAUCCAUCAGACUCAACCCUAACCUGUUAGUUUUAGUGCUGCCCUGUACACACAUCUGUGGUGUUAUUAAAUUGAAUUAAUCAUAA